AUGACUGGGACGGCAUUCCUCGUCUACGGGAUGACCCUGUGCGCUUUCCUUGUCGACCGCCGCUCGACCAAGAGACGCUUCAAGUACAUUAAAGACCCCAAAAUGUCCGAGGCGGCGAUGCCGCGCAUCCAUUGGCUUCAAUGUGGCAACCAACGACCGGGAGCCGAUAUCUUGGGCCUGCACCCGGAAUUUGCCCUCCUACUGGCCAUUAUGUCCCCGCUUGUUGGGUUUACUUGCCAGUUUGUUGGCUUUCGCGGUCUCCACGGGUCCAUCACUCUCUGCCAGCUCGCUUGCACCCUCCUUAAGUCUAUGAUCCGCGCUUGGCUCCGCAGCAGCCGUCUCCGCCGAGAUCAGAAUCAAUUAGACGGCGCUACCCGCGUGUUCGAGAGUGACGAACCUGACUGGCAAGCCCUGCAUAUGAUCCUGGAGGAAAUCUCCCUUGGCCCCGUUUGGUGGGAGCUUUCCAGUUGGUGUCUCGAUACCGGACUUCAACGCUUGGCUCUGUCAGAAGCCGCCCGGUCCAGAUUGCCGGUGAAUGGCCAGGAGGCAUUGAUAGUCGUGUCUGAAGAAGAAAUUGGAAGCAGCAUUGGCGCGCCUCGGCUACCUCACUGCAGAUCAACUUCACCUCCUAACUCACAAUGGGAUCCGGAGCUGCAAGGUGUAGCUAAGCGGUUGCGGACGGCUCUCCAGGAAGCCGCCAGUUACAUCUUUCAAUUACUGGCUCAGGACAUUUUUAUCACCUUCAUAUUUGAGGCGGCAUCCAUCACGAACCAUCUCGGCGAUGUCUCGAUCCGUCAGCAGCCAAGCUCCUCAGUCGAUUCGAUACUGGGCAACCCCAAUACCACCUACACCAAGUUGGGUAGCGUGCACAUUGACGCGCUGGUCAGGAUUUUGUGCGAGUCAGGACUAGCUAAUGAGGAGGCGGCGCUUAUGAGCAUCGUGCCCGCAUUCUUUUACCAUUCCAAGUUACCCACGCUCGACGUCUCAAUCACAAUGCUGCUCGCCGACGCCAAGAAGCUGAGGAACGACGGGCAAUACGAGCAAGCCGAAACGCAUUUGAAAAACUUGCUCCGAAUCUGCUCGUUGGGCCAUCAAGAAAAGGCAGUGCGAGCUUUGGGCGAAGUCUGCCGCGGGGCGUUCAGGUCACCAGGCGGGAUUCACCGCAACUUCGGCCUCCAAGGCACGGCAAACAUGGAAAGCCCGCGGGUACAUGACUUGGCUUUCUUAUCGUACGCCGCGUUCAGGGCGCAGAAAGACUACUCUCAGCUGUCUGGAGUCCUAAACGCAAACACGUGGCACGGUGGCAAGCCCUUGGAGCCGAAAGCUCUGCCGAUACUCGAUAUGGAAACGGUCUCGGAACUACGCCGAGAUGCUGCCUUGCCCGGAGCUAGCUGGUCCCGCCUCAAGGUGCUUGUCUUGCGGGAGGAAUACGAUAUCAGGGGUCAAAAUAGCCUUGCUGUCCAAGAGUUGUUGUUUGUGGCCAUCGAGCGAGGAACGGUCGCUUCACUUGGCUUUUUGGCCGUUCUUUGGGCCGCAAGCCGACUGGAGGCGGAGGCGCGCGUGCCCGGCGACGCCGAAGAUGUCCUGAAGGAUGUGCUGGACUGGGCACUCGCGAGCUCAUUAGGCUGGGGCUUGGCCGACGGACAAAGAAACACGCCCUUGAUGUACGCAGUCAGCUCGGGGAAACUUGCAGUCGUGGAUCUUAUGUUGGAAGGUGGCGUCGAUUUCCGAGUCCGUAAUACCGCCGGUGACACGGCGCUCUCGAAGGCCGUUGCAAACGACCACUUCUCUAUCGCCACAACAAUUCUCAACAAAGGCAGACGAGCCGGUAAGCUUACCCACGACUAUCUCCAACACGCACUGUCACUGGCGUCCCGCCUUCGCAAGGAAAACUUUAUCAGACUUCUCCAGCAGCAUGGUGCCGGCAUCAAGGAUGGUUUAGAUGAGUCGGACACGGGACAAGUCGGUUCCUCUGGAAAUGGUCCGGAAAUGGAACCCGUUGGCCCAGCCACAGCGGAAGGCCAGACAGGCGCUGAAGACACCGAGCAACCCGCGGAUUCCCUGUAA